UAUCUGCUUGCAAAUGAUGGCGGCGUCUAUCAGGAAGUGAAGGAAACAACUGAAAAUAAAAGUUGGACCAAAUUCCUUGUUUUGGUCCAUUUAAAGCAAUAAUUUGAUUUGAAAACAUAACUGCGAACGGAUCUUGUAUUCAGAAUAAGAAACACAUUCGUGGGGAUGGAGUGGGCCUUGGUAUAAGCUCUGUAGGACACAGCCAGCAUACGUACGUGAAGGUCAAAGGUCAUGUGUCAGCCUGCAACCUGAUGCCCAGCCUCCCAUCACCCUCACCGGCCAUGGACGGGGAGAACUACCUGCACCCAGAGGGGCCACAGCUGGACAGCAGCAUUUUCGAAGUUGCCUCUUCCAAUAUGGAGAGUUAUCUGUAUCCCUCUGGUUCCUGGGCAUCAUUUUCACAGCAGUCUGGAGGCUACAACACACACUGCCCUAUGCAAUCUGGAAACCAGCAAUACCACUUGAAUGCUCCCAUGCCCGAUUUGGACAUGUUCAGCCAUUCAGGGUUCCAUGACGAUUUCCUCAACCUCCCCAGGAACGGAGACUUCCCUCAGAACCUGUCCUGCAUCGAUGACCUCUCCAACUCUCUGUUCUCGUCUCCGGCCGACUCGCUGUCAGACUACACCGAUGCCCAGGCCUUCAUCCCCACAGAUAACCUGGCCCACGUGCCCACGAUAUGGGACAUAAACACACCAGCACAGAGCCAGCUGGAGCUGAAUGCCAACAGGUUUCAGGAUUUGAACAGUUUGGAGGAUAUCGCUGCCAUAAUCAGCACCCCACCUUUGGGAGGAUACCAGCAGACUCAGAGAAACCAGACUCCGGCAGAAGAGGAGGCAGAGGAGGAGGAGGAAGAGACAGAGGAGCUGGGACAUGUAGACACCUACGCUGACUACAAACCAUCCAAAUCCACCAUAGGGAUCUCCCACCCAGACAUAGUGGUGGAGACCAACACGCUGUCCAGCGUCCCUCCACCUGACAUCACCUACACUCUGUCCAUUCCUGACUCCACCAUCAACUGUGGCCUGCUCUCUGCCCUGCAGCUGGAGGCCAUCAUAUACGCAUGCCAGCAACACGAGGUAAUUCUGCAGAACAACCAGAGAGCAGGCUUCCUGAUAGGAGAUGGGGCCGGAGUAGGGAAAGGCCGCACAGUGGCCGGCAUCAUCCUGGAGAAUUACCUAAAGGGAAGGAAGAAAGCGCUAUGGUUUAGUGUAUCCAAUGACCUGAAAUACGACGCAGAGAGAGAUCUGAAAGACAUAGAUGCUCCCACCAUUCCUGUGCAUGCCUUAAACAAGAUAAAGUAUGGAGACACAGCUACCUCAGAAGGAGUCCUGUUUGCGACAUACUCUGCACUGAUCGGGGAGAGCCAAGCAGGUGGGCAGCACCGCACCAGACUCAAGCAGAUCCUGGACUGGUGCAAGCCCGGCUUUGAUGGAGUUAUUGUGUUUGACGAAUGCCACAAGGCCAAGAAUGCUACGUCCACCAAGAUGGGCAAGGCCGUGCUGGACCUGCAGCACAACCUGCCGCUGGCCAGGGUGGUUUACGCCAGUGCCACAGGUGCCUCUGAGCCAAAGAACAUGAUCUAUAUGAGCCGCCUGGGGAUCUGGGGCGAGGGCACGCCCUUCAAGACCUUUGACGACUUCCUGCACGCCAUCGAGAAGAGGGGUGUAGGGGCGAUGGAGAUUGUUGCCAUGGACAUGAAGGUGAGUGGGAUGUACAUCGCCCGGCAGCUGAGCUUCUCAGGGGUGUCCUUCCGCAUCGAGGAGAUCGGUCUGGACGACGACUUCAAACUGGUCUACAACAAAGCUGCCAAACUGUGGGCGGAGGCGCUGGCCGUGUUCAUGCGUGCAGCGGACGCGCUGUGUCUGGUCAGCAGGAAGUCCCUGUGGGGUCAGUUCUGGUCUUCCCACCAGCGCUUCUUCAAAUACCUCUGCAUCGCCGCCAAGGUUCGCUGCCUGGUGGAGCUGGCCAAGAAAGAACUGAAAGCUGGCAAGUGCAUCGUGAUUGGUCUACAGUCCACAGGAGAGGCCCGAACCAGAGAGGUCCUGGAUGAGAACGAUGGGCACCUGGACAGAUUCGUAUCUGCAGCAGAGGGUGUGUUCAAAGCUCUGGUACAGAAACACUUUCCCUCCGAGAAGCAGAGGAGAGAGAAGGCACGUGGAAACAAGAGAAAACGUAAGCCCAGGGGCCGGCAGCCCAAAUUCCCAAAGCACACCAUGGUUCAUCUGGGGGGCGUGAUCAACAUCAGUGACGACAGCAGCACGGACACGGACGGCAUGGACACCGACUCCAACUCCUCGCCAGACUCCCUGAUGGACAAUAACGAUGACGUCAUCUUCGUCCAGCACACCAGCUGUCACACAGCCAGUAUAGAGAAGAUGAAGCAGAGCCUCCUGAACAAGAUCGCUGACCUGGGAAAGGAACUACCUCUGAACACUCUGGACGAGCUCAUUGACCAGUUUGGAGGACCAGAGAUGGUAUCGGAGAUGACGGGUCGUAAGGGUCGAGUGGUGCGGCGUCCUGACGGAAGCGUGCGCUACGAGUCGCGUGCAGAGCAGAGCCAUACCAUAGACCACAUCAACCUCAAGGAGAAGGACCGCUUCAUGUGUGGAGAGAAGAUGGUGGCCAUCAUCUCAGAGGCAGCCAGCUCGGGCAUCUCCUUGCAGGCAGACAAGCGGGUGAAGAACCAGCGUCGGAGGGUCCACAUAACCCUAGAGCUGCCCUGGAGUGCAGACAGAGCCAUCCAGCAGUUUGGUCGUACCCAUCGCUCUAACCAGGUGACGGCUCCAGAGUACAUCUUCCUCAUCUCUGAGCUGGCUGGGGAAAGACGCUUCGCCUCCAUUGUGGCCAAGAGACUGGAGAGCCUGGGUGCAUUGACCCACGGUGACAGGAGAGCCACAGAGUCCAGAGACCUGAGCAAAUACAACUUUGAAAACAAGUACGGUACCAAGGCUCUGGAUAAGAUCACCAAAGCCAUCCUGGGCCACAUCGAGAGCAAGGUGUCCCCUCCCAAAGGUUACCCCGGGGGUGAUGCUCUGUUCUUCAGAGACAUGAAGCAUGGCAUGAUGGACGUGGGUAUCUUCUGCAAGGAGCCACGGUUUGGUCUCAGCACUGAGAAAGACUGCAGCAUCACCAAGUUCCUCAACAGGAUCCUGGGCCUGGAGGUCCACAAGCAGAACUCUCUGUUCCAGUACUUCACCGACAACUUUGACUACCUGAUCGAGAAGGACAAAAAGGAGGGCAAAUACGACAUGGGAAUCCUAGAUCUGGCCCCAGGUAACGAUGAAAUCUACGAGGAGAAGCAAGAGACCUUCAUGACAGUGGGAAACCCCCAGGACGGACAGGUCGUGCUCUACAAGAUCAGCGUGGACAGAGGUAUGCCCUGGGAGGAGGCCUAUGAGAAGGUCCAGAACCUCAACAGUCCUGACGAGGGCUUCUACCUCUCACACAAGUUGCGGGGGAACCACCCGUGUGUGCUGCUGGCGGAGCAGGGCCGAGGGAGGAACUUCAUCGUCUACAAGCCCAACAUCGGGAAGCAGGCCCACCCAGAGAGCCUGGACAACCUGCAGCUACGCUACCGCAAGGUGACUCCAGACCAAGCCAAGGACAGCUGGGAGAGCCAGUUCAACUUCUCCUUUGGGAAAUGUAGCCAUGCUAACUGGAACGGGAAGUGUAAGAAGAUCGAGGAGGGUCAGGAGUGUCUGCAGGGAAUGCGUCUGCGCCAGUACCACAUGCUGUGUGGUGCGCUACUGCGCGUCUGGAAGUAUGUGGCUGACGUGGUCUCUGACAUCACCUGCUCCAGCAUCCUUCAGAUCGUACGCCUCAAAACCAAAAAUAGUAACAAGCAAGUCGGUAUCAAGAUCCCAGAGAACUGUGUGGCCCGAGUGCGGCAGGAACUUCUCAAAAUGGACGAGGAGGUGAAGAGAAGGCGCAAGGAGAAGGAGCAGCAGCGCGCCCAGGAGCAGCAGCGCGCCCAGGAGCAGCGGCUAGCCGAGGAGCGGCAGCUUCAGAACCAACACCUGCUGGCCAAGCUUUACAGCCAGAGACAGACCCUGAACCACAGCUUCAACAACCAGAACUUGUCGCAGGGCCUCAAGACCCAGCACCUGAGCCUGGCCCAGGCCAAUCCUCUACAGGUCAAGCCUCUACUCCAGCCCAAACCUUCACAGCUCAAACCCCAGCUCGGUCCAGUCAACCAGCUCCCCAGCAUGGCCAGCCCCACCUCCCACUUCUCCAAUUUCCCCCACCACUUCCCCUCCCUGCACCUCCUGCAGCCCGACCCCUCCUCCUCCUCCAUGCCCCCUCGAACCGAGGAGGUCUUAGACCUGACGGUGAGCCCCUCUCCCUCCCCAGACAGCAAAGAGAGAGGCCUGGUCCUCGACUGCCUGACCAGAGACGGCUUUGGCCUGGACUCUCUGAUAUUGCUGAGCGAGCUCGCCGCCCAGAACACUGCACACAAACUGCAGCAACCUCUACAGCCACUGCCACCACUGACAAAGCCACAGCAGCUACUGUCGCCACAGCAGAUACAACCACAGCUACAGUCUCCACAGCAGAUACAUCCACAGCUACAGUUGCCACAGCAGAUACACCCACAGCUACAGUCGCCACAGCAGAUACAAACACAGCUACAGUCGCCACAGCAGAUACAGCUACAGUCGCCACAGCAGAUACAACCACAGCUACAGUCGCCACAGCAGAUACAGCCACAGCUACAGUUGCCACAGCAGAUACAGCUACAGUCACCACAGCAGAUACAACCACAGCUACUGUCGCCACAGCAGAUACAACCACAGCUGCAGUCACCACAGCAGAUACAGCAACGGUUGGACAGUCCGACUCUAAUCAACAGCGACCACCAGGACUACUAUGACAUCCUCAAACUGCUGGAAGAUCCAGACCAUCUGCCUUACUCUCUGUCUAGCCAGACAACUACUAACCCCUCCACUUCCUCCAACACAGUGGCUCAAGUCUCGUCCGGCUUCCUCUCUUCCCCCUCUACCCCCCCCUCCUCCUCUCUCUUCUCUCCUUCGGCCCUGGCCCCCUCAGAACAGCAACCGCUCCCUCUGGCCAACGGCCACUGCAGCACGGACGCCCUCAUUAAUGUGCGCGAAGUGCUGGACAACAUGCUGCGGACCAGCGCAGACCGGCAGACGGUUAUCCAUUACCGGCUGCCUGAAUGGGACUCUGUGUAACCACAUCAUCAGUGUGGCUGUCUGAAUGGGACUCUGUGUAACCACAUCAUCAGUGUGGCUGUCUGAAUGGGACUCUGUGUAACCACAUCAUCAGUGUGGCUGUCUGAAUGGGACUCUGUGUAACCACCUUGUCAGUGUGGCUGUCUGAAUGGGACUCUGUGUAACCACAUCAUCAGUGUGGCUGUCUGAAUGGGACUCUGUGUAACCACCUUGUCAGUGUGGCUGUCUGAAUGGGACUCUGUGUAACCACAUCAUCAGUGUGGCUGUCUGAAUGGGACUCUGUGUAACCACAUCAUCAGUGUGGCUGUCUGAAUGGGACUCUGUGUAACCACAUCAUCAGUGUGGCUGUCUGAAUGGGACUCUGUGUAACCACCUUGUCAGUGUGGCUGUCUGAAUGGGACUCUGUGUAACCACCUUGUCAGUGUGGCUGUCUGUGUCCUCUAGCUGCUGAGUGUGAACGCAAGCCUCAUCCCCUCUCCCCUUAGGACCUAGUCACAUCACUGCCUGUCCUGUGCUCUUCUCCUCCUUAACCCUCCCAGGCACUGGAUCCACAGGCCAGGGUCACUUUCACUAGACCAAAUGUGUGGUCCCGUUCAGAGAUGGUAAACAUACGACCCAGGUGGAACUGGCCCGGUCACUUCGCUGAGAGAGAGCAAAUGGUCUAUACGGCGUUUCUACACCAAGGCUUGACUCAUUGAAGAAACACAAUUCCAACAGGGUUUGAUUAUGUUUCUAUAACUAUCAAAAGCUCAUGUGCUUUAAAAAAAAAAAUCCAACCUUGUUGCAAUUGUUUUUUGUUUUUUAUUGAGGAAACCUUAAUUUAGAAAUAUUUUUCUAGAACCACAGCUAGUCGCUACUGGUUAUGUUGGGUUUCACUGGUAACAUUGCGGGAUUCAAACUGCCUUUCAUGCACAUCUGUAUGCUUUUCUGCGUUGUCCUGUAAUUCGCUUCAUCACUAUUACAUCGACUUGGUUUGUUAAAACCAAGGGCUCUACUCAAAAACAUAAAACUGGAAAAAUUGACAAUGUUUCAGUUUUGGCUCCUUCUUCUCCCUCACUCUGCUGUUUCUACCAUCACUCUCUCUAGUGUCCCGUGUGAAAAAAGAAGGGAGUCAGCCGUUGUAACAGUGCCUUUGGAAACCUACUUAAAUGCAGUCUUUGAAACCCAUAUAGGCCUAAUGUAUAGAUUUGUACUGGAAGCAUAGGUAUGUUAAUUUAUUCUAUUUGCAUUUAACUUAACCCUCCUCGGCCCGAAGGUUGGCUCUAUGCUGGUGGCAGGUGCCAGGGGUCGUCCCCACCAUCCCAGUAUGUGUAUGUCUGUCUGUGUGUGGACCCUAUAGCUGUCCCUUCAGCACGUAUGUUCUGUGUGGAACCCUGCUUUCCCAGGCCAUGUUAUAGACAGAGAGCAGGGGUUAGAUGGGAUGGACACUGCUGAUGUGAUGCAAUUUAAAAUGGUGUCAUAUCCUACUUUUAGUCUACUUACCAUUCAUCCAACGGUGACUCCUGGGUUGCUUUUGAUUUGAAGUUCUCAGGAAUGUGCAUUUGUUGUUUUGUUUAACUUUCAGACCAACACUGAUAUGAGCAUUUGUUUUAGCUUAUAACUUUAGCAUAUAUAUAUAUGCUAAAACAAAUAAUAAAUAUAUAUAAUACAAACAGUGCCUUUGGAAAGUAUUCAGACCCCUUGACUUUUUCCACAUUUUGUUACGUUAUAGCCUUAUUCUAAAAUCUAUUACAUUUUUUCCUCAUCAAUCUACACACACUACCCCAUAAUGGCAAAGCAAAAACAGGUUUAUAGAAAUGUUUGCUAAUUUAUUAAAAAUAAAAACACAUUUACUUAUGUAUUCAGACCCUUUACUCAGUACUUUGUUGAAGCAUCUUUGGCAGCGAUUACAGCCUCCAGUCUUCUUGGGUAUGACGCUACAAGCUUGAUGCACCUGUAUUUGGAGAGUUUUUCCUAUUCUUCUCUGCAGAUCCUCUCAAGCUUUGAGACUUGUCCCAAAGCCACUCCUACGGGUCAUUGUCCUGUUGGAAGGUGAACCUUCGCCCCCAGUCGGAGCGCUCUGGGGCAGGGUUUCAUCAAGGAUCUCUCUGUACUUUGCUCCGUUCAUCUUUCACUCGAUUCUGACUAGUCUCUCAGUCCCUCCCGCUGAAAAACAUCCUCACAGCAUGAUGCUGCCACCACUAUGCUUCACCGUAGGGAUGAUGCCAGGUUUCCUCCAGAAGUGACGCUUGGCAUUCAGGCCAAAGAGUUCAACCUUGGUUUCAUCAGACCAGAGAAUCUUGUUUCUCAUGGUCUGAGAGUCUUUAGGUGUUGCAGAGAUGGUUGUCCUUCUGUAAGGUUCUCCCAUCUCCACAGAGGAACUCUAGAGCUCUGUCAGAGUGACCAUCAGGUUCUUGGUCACCUCCCUGACCAAGGCCCUUCUCCCCCGAUUGCUCAGGUUGGCCAGCAAUAGGAAGAGUCUUGUCUUCUUGGGGACCUUCAAUGCUGCAGACAUUUUUUGGUACCCUUCCCCCAGAUCUGUGCCUCGACACAAUCCUGUCUCGGGAGCUCUGCGUAAAAUUCCUUCGAUCUCAUGGCUUGGUUUUUGCUCUGACAUAUACUGUCAACUGUGGGACCUUAUAUAGACAGGUUUAUUCCCUUUACCAAAUCAUGUCCAAUCAAUUUAAUUUAUCACAGGUGAACUCCAAUCAAGUUGUAGAAACAUUUCAAGGAUGAUCAAUGGAAACAGGAUGCACCUGAGCUCAAUUUCGAGUCUCAGCAAAGGGUCUGAAUACUUAUGUAAAAUGUUUUAUUUUUUUAUAAUAAUAAUUGUCUAAACCUGUUUUCGCUUUGUCAUUAUGGGUAUUGUGUGUAGAUUGCUUGGGAUUUUUUUUCAUUUAAUCCGUUUUAGAAUAAGGUAAUUUAACAAAAUGUGAUAAAAGUCAAUGGGUCUGGAAUACUUAACGAAGGCACUGUAUAUACAUACAUACACGUAUGUAUAUAAAUACAUACAUACAUGACCAAAGGUAUGUGGACACCUGCUCGUCAAACAUCACAAAAUCAUGGGAAUUUCUACACUGGUCAGCAACGGGUGUGGCGAAUCCACUUUUGUGUGUGUGUGUAUAUAUAUAUAUAUAUAUAUAUAUAUAUCCCUGUCCAAAUCGUGUAUGUAUGUGUAUACAUACACUACCGUUCAAAAGUUUGAGGUCACUUAGAAAUGUCCUUGUUUUCCAUGAAAACAUACAUGAAAUUAGUUGCAAAAUGAAUAGAAAAUAUACUCAAGACAUUGACAAGGUUAUAAAUUAUGAAUUUUAAUUGAAAUAAUAAUUGUGUCCUUCAAACUUUGCUUUUGUCAAAGAAUCUUCCAUUUGCAGCAAUUACAGCCUUGCAGACCUUUGACAUUCUAGUUGUCAAUUUGUUGAAGUAAUCUGAAGAGAUUUCACCCUAUGCUUCCUGCAGCACCUCCCACAAGUUGGAUUGGCUUGAUGGGCACUUCUUACGUACCGUACCAUACAGUCAAGCUGCUCCCACAACAACUCAAUAGGGUUGAGAUCCGGUGACUGUGACUGAGGCCAGCCUCUCCAUUAUAGACAGAACACCAGCUGACUGCUUCUUCCCUAAAUAGUUCUUGCAUAGUUUGGGUCAUUGUCCAGUUGUAGGAGGAAAUUGGCUCCAAUUAAGCGUUGUACGGGGAUCUUCAGUUUCUUGGCAAUUUCUCGCAUGGAAUAGCCUUUAUUUCUCAAAACAAGAAUAGACUGACGAUUUCAUGAGAAAGUUUUUUGUUUCUGGCCAUUUUGAACCUGUAAUCGAACCCACAUGCUGAUGCUCCCAAUACUCAACUUGUCUAAAGAAAGCUAGUUUUAUUGCUUCUUUAAUCAGCACAACUGUUUUCAGCUGUGCUAACAUAAUUGCAAAAGGGUUUUCUAAUAAUCAAUUAACCUUUUAAAAUGAUAAACUUGGAUUAGCUAACACAAUGUGCCAUUGGAACACAGGAGUGAUGGUUGCUGAAAAUGGGCCUCCUAUGCAGAUAUUCCAUAAAAAAUCUGCCAUUUCCAGCUACAAUAGUAAUUUAAAACAUUAACAAUGUCUACACUGUAUUUCUGAUCAAUUUGAUAUUUUAAUGGACAAAAAAUAUGCUUUUCUUUCAAAAACAAGGACAUUUCUAAGUGACCCAAAAUUUUGAACAGUAGUGUGUGUGUAUAUAUAUUUUAUGUUUCAGAACCUGUAUGUUCUGGCUGUGGUUGUGAAAUGAAUGCACGGUAAUUGGUUCAUGAAAAGCCUGGGUAAUUUCAACUAAUCAAAAGCAAUAAACAAGACAUUUUGAAUAGCA